GAAAGUAUAACGAACGUUUCAAGCUACAACCUAUAAGUUAAAUAUGCGGAUGCUGCGCACCUUGUAUUUUCUGUGUAUGGUAACACUAUCUGCGGGAUUGCCCAUGGGCACAGUUAUUCGGUAUGAGUACAAUAGUGUGUUCGGCGAGGAAGAGACAUUUCAAGAGAGAAUCUUCAUUAACGGAUCCCCCGUCACACCCAAUGGCAAUGGAGAUGUUCGUACUGGAGUAAUCGACGUAAUGUCCUUCAACAAUGGCAGUUCAUCUCUACACGAUUCUCUCAGGGUUUUUGCAAAUAGUUUCAACAAAACAAAAAAAGACCACACUUACCAGCGUCUUCGAGAGUGCAAAUUUAAUGGACACCAAGUGAUGCAUAUAUCUGACCGGAUCAAGCACAAUGGGAAAGAUUAUUUGUCUCUGGACCAAACGACAGACACCUGGGUGGCCUUGGACCCGCAGGCCGUUUUCCUGAAAAAGGAGUUGGACCGCGACAGUGAACGCACAGUGCGUGACAGGAUGUGUUUUCAGGAGGCCUGUACGGAGUUGAUGAAGGACCUAAACCACUCGUACUCUGCAUCCAAAGGGGGUUCAGCUACAGUUUUAGCCCCACUCCUGGCAGUACUUAUAUUAUUUGGUCUGGUCAUUCUCAGCGUUAUGUCUAAACACAAUGUCAAAGGUUCUGCUUCACCAGCAGGGGUUCUGGGUUCAAUAGUCCACUAUCCAGCUCAAACCUCAGACACUGUCAAGGAACCAGCUAUACAACCUUCCCUCUCCAUCAAAGCAUCCUUACUGAGCAAUAUGCCUUGAUUCCAGUAUGUGUAGGCAGAAUUUGAUGUAAGUUCCAGUCAUUCAUAGAAAUCCUGUGAGGCUCUGCUGAUACAUCCUGGUUUCCUACCUCUAGUGCCUCUGUAGUGAUUUUUUUUUGUGUUAUGAUUUAUAUACAUAGCUUAUGGAAGCUGAAUUGCACUGCUAAGAUGUAUGUGGAAAUACACUUAUAACUUACAGAAAGGUUUUAUUCGAUUUGUUGCUUGAUGCUUGUGCUCCUGCCACAGCUACUCAUUACUGGCACUACUGAGUUCAUUAACUUAACAAAACUAACCAGGGAGGUUGAAAAUAAGUAUUGCACAAUUUGGUACUCCCUGAGAUGUUUAAUUCAAUACCUGUGGAUAGCUCAGAGCAAACAAAAUGCUCUGACAGCCAAAAAUUCUGUUUUAGAUAUGUACAAAUGGUAUUCUUAUUUCAGACCACUUUAUGUUUAAUAAAACAUAGAAAUGUUAUAGGGUUUAAUUGUUCCAAAGACAUCUGAAUGAUAUUGUAUUUAGACUGCUGUAACCUUGUGUCACUGUUUGCUACUUUAAAUUAAAGAUAAUGUGCUUGUACUAUUUUGUGUAAUACAAUAUUUUAAACGUGCAGUUUGUAUUGUCAAAAUUAAACAUGGAAGUGUUAGUUUUUAAGUUAGUUUUAAAGGUUAUGUUUAAAUACUAUUGAAACUGUCAUUGUACAAACCAAGAACAAUUAUUAUUAUUAUUAUUAUUAUAGUAAUUGAUUUUACUUUAAUAUGGUUUUAUGAAUGAAAUGACAGCAUGAUUAUUGUUUAAUUUUCUCAUUGUUGUUUUUACUGUAUUUGUAUCUGUUUUAUAAGUGACUUUUGAAAAAAGUGUCUACUUAGUACCAUAAUUUGAACUACAACUAUGACUGUAUUCAUAACAACAAUGUAGGCUAGGCCAAAAAAAUAGACAGAACUUCGUUCGACCGGACUAUAUUGUUGGUAGUACCACUCAGAGGAAAAAUUGUAGCUAAAAUAUGUUACUUUGUGGAUAUUGUUCAUGUAAUCGUGAGAACGUAUCGUGUACAUUUAAAAUGUUUGUUUAUAAAUAAUGAUACGCUGUGUUUAUUUUAAUGAUGUAACAAGUUAAUAUGACAUUUUCUAAUAUUCCGGGUUCGUUAUUUAUUACGUCAUCGCAUCCGUCCGGACAUUUUUACGCCCUGAACAGCACUGGCUUCAACGGAAAGAGACCCUUUUGCUUGCUAGCUAGUCUCACAAGCAAUAUUAACUUCUUAUGAAACUUACAAUUCUUCUCCUCUUUACGUUUUUAUAACGAACGAUUAUAUAAUUCUUUGGAGAAGUGAGGAUGGGGGUACCAAAAUUUUACCGGUGGAUUUCGGAGCGAUAUCCUUGUCUAAGUCAAGUUGUCAAGGAACAUCAGAUCCCAGAAUUCGACAACCUGUACCUGGACAUGAAUGGAAUCAUCCAUCAAUGUUCACACCCCAAUGACGAGGAUGUACACUUCCGCAUCACAGAGGAGAAGAUCUUGACAGACAUCUUCCACUACAUUGAGGUUUUGUUCCGCAUCAUCAAACCCAGGAAGGUGUUCUUUAUGGCGGUGGACGGGGUUGCUCCAAGAGCUAAGAUGAACCAGCAGCGUGGCAGGAGAUUCAGAUCAGCCAAAGAGGCAGAAGACAAGAUCAAAAAGGCCCUGGAGAAGGGAGAGGUCUUGCCCACAGAAGCCAGGUUUGACUCCAACUGCAUCACUCCAGGGACUGAUUUUAUGGCCAGACUACAGGAGCAGCUCAAGUACUUUGUGCACAAUAAGCUGUCCACUGACCGGCUGUGGCACGGUGUGAACGUCUUCCUGUCAGGCCAUGAGACACCUGGGGAAGGAGAGCACAAGAUUAUGGAGUUCAUCCGAUCAGAGAAUGCCAAGCCGGGACACAAUCCUAACACACGGCACUGCCUCUACGGUUUGGACGCUGACCUGAUCAUGCUCGGCCUCACCAGCCAUGAACCACACUUCUCUCUCUUGAGAGAGGAGGUGCGCUUCGGUGGGAAGAAGUCUCAGAAAAGGAUCACGGCUCCAGAGGAGACCACAUUUCAUUUGCUGCACCUCUCCCUCUUUAGGGAGUACAUAGACUAUGAAUUCUCAGACGUUAAGAAAAAGAUCCCCUUUGAAUAUGACCUGGAGCGGAUCAUCGACGACUGGAUCCUGAUGGGUUUCCUGGUGGGCAACGACUUCAUCCCUCACCUGCCUCACUUGCACAUCAACCACGACGCUCUGCCUCUGCUCUACCGCACCUACAUCAGUGUGCUGCCCACGCUCGGGGGGUACCUUAAUGAGAACGGCUUUCUGAAUCUUGUUAAUUUUGAGAAAUACUUGGAGAAGCUGUCUGAGUUUGACCGUGAGCACUUUAAUGAGGUGUUUGUGGACCUGAAGUGGUUUGAGAGCAAAGUGGGGAACAAGUACCUGAAUGAAGCUGCUGGUCGAGCUGCAGAGGAAGCGCGCAGCAAAGACGUCAGGAAGAGCAAGUCACAGGAGGACUCCCUGUGUCUCGCUGCUCUCGACAGUGGAAAGGACACCGGUGGCGUCCAAAGCAGAGAGUGUGCGGAGGAAGAUGGUGAGGAGGAGGAGAUAUUUGAGGUGGAGUUCCGGCAGUACAAACGCAUGUACUAUAUGUCCAAGAUGGGUGUGGAGGUCGUCUCGGAUGAAUUUUUAGCCGGCCAAGCCAAGUGCUAUGUCGAGGGAAUCCAGUGGAUUCUUCAUUACUAUUACCAUGGGGUUCAGUCAUGGAGCUGGUAUUACCCCCACCACUAUGCCCCAUUCCUGUCUGACGUGAGGAACCUUGGUAACCUCAAGCUGACCUUUGACAUGGGGACACCCUUCAUGCCUUUUGAGCAGCUGCUGGGCGUCCUGCCAGCAGCCAGCAAAGAUCUUCUGCCUCAGAGCUACCAGCACCUGAUGACAUCCCAAUGCUCCCCCAUCAUUGAGUACUACCCGCAGGACUUCAAAACAGACCUCAAUGGCAAGCAGCAGGAGUGGGAGGCCGUGGUGCUCAUCCCCUUCAUAGAUGAGAAAUUGCUGCUUGCUGCUAUGGAUCCUUGCAAUGAAAAGUUGAACAGGGCAGAGAAGGCCAGGAACAGACACACAGAAUGUGCCGUCUACUCUUUUGACAAAGAGCUGGACUACCCCUACGACUCCUCUUUACCGGGAAUAUUGCCCAACAUUGUCCACUGCCAUGUAAAAAUCACCGCGGUGCCCAUGGAUGCCUGGCAUGUGUCGCUAAACCAUGUGGGCCGGCAGAUAGACACGGGGGCGCUGUACUUCUGUGGUUUCCCCACCCUGCAGCACAUUCGUCAUAAGUUCUACAAGAAGAAGGCCGGGGUGGUGGUGUUCCAGCAGAGCAGUCGAGGGGAGAACACGAUGUUGGACAUCUUACCCAGCCAGGAGGGGGAGCCGGUGUGCGAUGAAAUAGCUGCCAACACUCUGGGGAAGUCGCUGUUUGUGAACUGGCCUCAUCUGGAGGAAGCCCGUGUGGUGGCGGUGUGUGAUGGAGAGACCAAGUUUUUCCUGGAAGAACCCCCAGGUGUUCAGAAGCUGUACCUGGAUAAGACUACCCCACCCAUUAAAGUGUCUUACCUGAGUGACAAGGAGCAAAAGGACUGGGAGAAGGAUGUGCAGGGCCUCACUGAGCAUUUCGGUAAGCGUAAGGGUGUCGUGAUAAACCAGACGAGGGUGGUGGUGUACGCCCAGCUGCUGACGGGCAGGAAGUACGUGCCCGGCCAGGACGGAAAGGUGCACCUGGAGAAGCAGUGGGCUAAGCAGGUCCUGCCCCAUGCCUACCAGACCAUCGUCAAGGACCUCAAGACCUUCGACUCCUCUACAUCUUGCUUCACAACACUCGAGGAACUGUUUCCCCCUGCCAUCACCGUGUUUAUGGUGGGGAAUCCAUACUACGGAGCCAUGGGAGAGGUCCAAGACUCCAGUGAUGUCAUCAGCGAGGGCCGGGUGCGGGUGGUCUUUACUGUUCCCUGCGAGCCGCAGCUCGAUGCCUUAAUCCAGAACCAGCAUAAAUACUCUGUCAAGUACUGCCCCGGCUACGUCCUGGCCUCACGUCUGGGCAUCACCAGCUACCUCGUCUCCAGGUUCUCCGGAAGCAUCUUCAUCGGAAGGGGCUCCAAGAGAAAUCCUCACGGAGAGCAGAAGUCUAACGCGGGUCUCAACCUCAAAUUCAACAAGAAGAACGAGGAGGUGCCGGGCUACACUAAGAGGACAGAGAAGGAGUGGCUCUACUCUUCUGCUGUGGAGGAACUUCUGGCCGAGUACCUUGAGAGAUUCUCAGAGGUGUUUGACCUCGUGUCCAGGAACAGUCAUGACGACGUCUUCUACGAGGAUGACAUCUGGCCUGGAGAGGAUGAGAAUGGUGCGGAAAAGGUGCAGGAGAUCACCAACUGGUUAAAGGCCCACCCUGUCAGCUUCUGUGCCAGAGUGUCAUGUGACCUCCAGAUCCUGGAUGGCGCUAUCGUGGAGAAGAUUGAGGAGGAGCUGGAGAAGGCCAAGAUGAAGAAGAGCAGCAAAAAAGUGCGGGUCACUGUGAAGCCACAUCUGCUCUACAGGCCUCUGGAGCAGCAGCAUGGAGUGGUGCCUGAUCCCGAUGUGGAGUACCGGCUCUUUGACCGUGUGGUGAACGUGAGAGACGGCUUCUCAGUCCCUCUCGGCCUGAGAGGCACCAUCAUCGGGAUUAAAGGAGCGGAGCGUGAGGCUGAGGUUCUGUAUGAGGUUGUGUUUGAUGAGGAAUUUGCAGGAGGACUCAAUAUCAGGUGCUCAGAAGGCCGUGGCUACCGGCUGCCGCCCAGUGCCUUAAUAAACCUGAGCCAUGGCUGCCGUCUGGAGCAGGGCUCCCACAAGCUCACUGCCAUCAUCAAGCCCCAGCCAUCCGCUUCCUCCCAGCAUCCACACAAGGGCCAGCUGGCCGGCCUCAACCACUCCCCCCGCUCCCCAUUCAUACCCACACAGCAGCAGAAUGGCAAAAGCUUUAAUCUCAGGGCUGACACUCAGGGCAACAGACACUCUCCUCACAAGGCCCUCAACCAGAAGAACCAGCAAAAAGUCAAGGGCUCUGGUAAAGACGAGGAGUACAGCAAUGUAUGGCAGGCUCUUCAGAGUUCUGCAAUGCCCGAGAAACCACCAGCUCACUGGCAAAAUAAUGCUGGAAAGGGCAGCUUUCCCACAGGAUCAGCCAGUCCGCUGAGCCAAAGCAAGAGUCAGGGCAGCGAGUCCCAGGUCUUCCAACCCACCAACAAACCAAACCCAGGAGGCAUCAGGUUGUUGAAGAGAAAUGAAGACUUCAAUUUAGUGCCACCCCAGAACCAGCCAAGCAAGGCUUCUUCAGAGUUUGAGGAUCUGAUCGCUAAUCUGAAGAUCACUAAGGGGAAUGGGCCUGUUCCGCUGGUUCCGCUGGUUCCUCCCAAAGAGCCAGCAGAACAAUCAGGAGAGCCCCUGUCACCACAGUCCUUUGCCAUGAAGGGAACUCUGAUGCUCAAAGAGAUGCUCAAGAUUGACGGCCCUCGAGGCUCCUCCUUUGCUGAAACACCCAACUCCACACAACAACAACAACAGCAGCAGCAGCAGCGUAGGCGACCUUCCAAAAAACUAGCUGCAAAGAUGAACUCCCCCCAGGGGGACUCCCCCGGGGCCCCUCUGCCCUCUGGGCUCCCGACGCUCCACCCCAGUGUGAUGGGAGCGGAGUUGGGGCGCGUCUGCAUGGGCCACGGCAUGGCCCCGCCCGAGUUCACCUUCCUGUGCACCCCUCAGGGUCUGUCGGUGUGCCAGGUGAAGCUGUCCAGUGGUCUGCUGGUGCACGGCCCUCAGUGCCAGUCAGAGAACGAGGCCAAAGAGAAGGCAGCUCUGUUUGCCCUGCAGCGCCUGAACUCUGUGGGUUCUGGGUUCCCCCUGCCCCCACCUCUGUUCCCAGGGGUUCAGCCAAUGCGGCCGAUGGCACCCCAUCCCUCUAUGUUUGCUCAGCCUCCCGGGGCUCUCCUAAUGCCACCCCAGGCCUAUGGACCCCUGCCCUGGGGCAUGCCUAUGCUCCACCAAGGCCAGCCCUUCUUUGGCGGCACCUUUCCUGGGGCGCACGUCCCCCCACCCUCUGUCCCCAUCGGAUCCCACAACCAGUUUGUGCCUCUCCAGGUGACUAAGAAGCGAGUCUCAGGCCGCAAGGUGCAGGAAACAAGAGAGUUUGUGAACUCCGCUUAUGCAGCAUCAAACCCUGCGACAGAUGCAACUCCAUCUGCCUCCCCUCAGACUCCACCUAACAGCACACAGGACUGCACUGAGAAGGCCACGCCCACCACCCCCAAAACUCCAAAACAGAACCCCAACCCUCAUACGCCAGGCUCAGCCUCCAAACGGAAACUCAGGAAGCUGGCAGUGAAUUUUGAGGCUGCUAAAGUCACAGAAUGAAACGUCAAACUGGCAGUGUUACUUUUGAGGUGAAGUCUCCUAAGAGAAGGCCGAAAAUGGAAGCCCAUCUAUACAUUUUUGUUUUUGCAUUUCUAUCAUGUUUGUAAGAAUGAAUUAUUUUGUUCUUUCCCCCCCCAAAACUCACCCAGGCUCUUUUUUAUAGGGUGUUGUUUUUAGUUCCUGCGUGUCAUCUGAGUGAGUAGGGGAACCUCUUUUAAACUUCCUUCUCUUUUUUUUUUUUUUACACCAGAUACUUCCCUCUCCUUUACAGAUGGCUCAUCAUGGACACAUUCUUUUCACGUUCGCCUCUUUUCUCACACCGUUUUAGCCUGAAAUCUGACAGAUUUUUUAUUCUACUCUUUGCUUGUAUGAUGAAGGGUUUUAAAAAAUAAAUAAAAAAAGCUUAAUUUUUCCCCCUAAUUUUGAUGGUGGCAAAGAAACUCUAAACACGAACAUCGGGCAAGAAAGACUCUUAACACAUAGUACCAAAUAGUAACAGAAAAAUCAGUACCAAACAUUACACAGCCAAAUGGCAUACCACACACUUUAACACAGAGUAGUUAAAACACCAGUGAACUUAAUCUCUAGAUGCUGUUCUGCAGUCUUCUCUGGUUGUUGAGUAGAAGGGCCAUAUUGGUUUACAUAUUGGUUUUGUCAGGUUUAUGAAUUUGGUGCCUGUGUACCAGUGUCUUGUUUGCUGGCAGGAGUCCCUUUUGUGUAUAACCCCCUUAGCUGUUCCCUGCCAAUGAUGAAGUGCUUUUAAGUUCCUUUUCAAUCACGUAAGUAGAACCUAUUGGACAUGUGAUGUAUUUUGUACUGAGAAUUAAGGGACAAGAAUCGCUGGAUGGGUGAAUUUUAUGGGAGUGAGUUGAUGGUUGGUAUGGUAUUCUUGUGGAAAAGGAAAAAUGACCACCUGUAGCAAAUACUUUUUUUUUCCUCAAACCUUGAAAACAUUUAUGGUUAUACGUAUAUAUUGUCAGCUGCAAUCAACCUCUUCGCCAUUUCAUUUGAUUUCAUCUCAUUCAUUAUUUGCCAGUUUUGGUACUCUGCUCUGAACUGUCUGAGUGUGGUUUUAAAAUGUUCAAAGAGACAUACAUCUGUGUAUAGAAUUUUAUUUUAAAAUGAAAUUGGUAGUUUAUUUAAGAAUGAUAAACACCAAAAGCCUAAAUGUACAGCAGAGUGUGUGUCUUAAUUUUGGACACACUGUACAGAAACGUUUAAUAAACUCCUUUUGUUACCAUCA